UUGGUAGGCUAAUUGAGGCCAAAGAGAAAAAGGGGGUGGGGGUCUCCUCAGUUCCACAUCAGAGGAUACAUCUUUCAUCAGAAAUCUCUGAUAAAGUUGAAUGCCGAGGUCCAAGAGACGAGACAGCCUAUUUUAUUUUGCGCAUCUGAUCAUAAACCUUUAAAUGAGAAACAUGUAUUUUUUGUGCGCUAUAUUCUUGCUGGCCACAGCUUCACCGCCCGAAGCAAAAACACUGGCUUUAAACUCAGAUAUAGAUUCAUUUCUUGCAAGCAACCUCACCGUUUUCAACGCGAAUAAACCAAGAGUGUCGCAGACGCCAAUCAGGGCUCGAAGGAAACGCUACAUAACGCAGAUCGAUAUGGUUGAAAUCCUGGAUUAUCAUAACCAAGUCAGAGCCAACGUCUUUCCACCUGCAGCAAAUAUGGAAUAUAUGGUGUGGGACAACGAUCUGGCCAGGACAGCCGAAGCCUGGGCUGCCACCUGCUGGUGGGAUCACGGACCCGCUUAUCUGCUCCAGUUCUACGGGCAGAACCUGUCGGUCAGGACCGGGCGCUACACCUCCAUCGUGCAGCUGGUGGAGCCCUGGUUCGAUGAGGUGAAGGACUACGCCUUCCCCUACCCCGGCCUCUGCAACCCGGCCUGCCCCCUGCUCUGUUAUGGCCCCAUGUGCACCCACUACACUCAGAUGGUGUGGGCGACCACCAACAGGGUGGGCUGUGCUGUGCAGACCUGCGCUAACAUGCUAGUGUGGGGAGCUCUGUGGAGAGAAGCUACCUACCUGGUCUGCAACUACUCACCAAAGGGGAACUGGGUCGGAGAAGCCCCGUACCGUGUGGGGGUCCCCUGCUCCUCCUGUCCCCCUGGUUACGGGGGUUCCUGCAGAAACAACAUGUGCUCCCCUCCGGCCCAGUCCAACUUCAUGCACUGGUUCAAGUGAGGCAGGGACCCCCCGGUGAUGGGGAAGAGGGGACGCUGUAGCUCCUCAGGCUAGCUUAGACUGAGUCAGAUAUAAGGCAUGCAUAUUGGGCUGCUAUUAUGUUAUGUAGCCAGAGAGGUGGAACGGGUUUUAGUGUUCAAUGAAUUUAUAGUGGAUUAUACAUGUCAUGCUUGGGUUAAGCUAUUACAUCAAGCAAUUGAUGUAAGCCUACCAAAGUCGAUGUACUUUAAAUCGAUCAAUAACAUCAAGUUAUUGUGUAACUAUUGUGUCGGCAUGAGGUUUGAAAAUAUUAUUAAUAUUUCAUUAUGAUAGACCAAUGAAAAUAACGUGUGGAUUAGGUUUACUUAACUAAUAUCCAGAUUAACAUCAAUCAUAGAACGUGAUUUAAAGUUAAAGUCCUAAAGCAUCCAUCAAAGGUUUGGUGAAAUUGCAUUGCAAGUGAUUUCAAUUUAUCCUUAUUUACCAGAGUCACAACAGUUAUAGUUUGUUUAAUGUAAUUUUUCACAGACAACAUUUUGACAUUCAAGACCUUUUAAAAUAAAAAUGUGAGAUGAAAAAGCAAAAGGCUGUUGGGUCUUCUUUGAUUAACAAUGAAUUGCCUAGUGCCAACGUGAUUUGAAUGUUCUAUAGCUUGUGUCCAUGCUAAAUGUGUUAUCUUCACUAGUGUAAUCUACUAACGGCAGACCCAUAAUUAGUGUAAUGAGCGACACCUGUGUUUUUCCUACGAUGAAGCGGUGAAAUCUCUCCGUUCAGUCCAAACCGCCUUCAUCCCCAUUCAAUCUGUGGUGAUACCGUACUUCUACCAGGUGAUGGCAGUAUUUCUCUAUUUGACCCGAGAAACUAGUUAAAGCAGGAAUGAAGGACAUGCGCCUACAUUGAGGAGCUAAAAUGCUAAAGUCCAGAACACGACACGACAUUCAACAUGCGGAAGAUAAUUAGUCAUCAAAAAGACAAAAGGAAGACCAAACUCUGCCUGCGUAACGACGUUAAGACCGCCGGAGGGCAGGCCACCGUCCCCGCAUCCUUCCUCCGGGGAGCGCUUUGGACGGCGGGCGUGAUGCCAUCGUCUGAGCGUGCCCGGGCUCCAUUCACGUCGUGGGAGGAGGG